AUGUCUGCUGGUGACCUUGGUUGGACAGAGAAUUUGUGCAUUUUUGGAGUUAUGAAGUGCUCGUGUGGUGAUGAUGUGUGCGGGGAGCAUGAUGGACAGGAAAUAAAUACAGAGUAUCUGGAAAAAUUCACGAAAAUGGUUCAAAAUGCGUCAGUAUUGGCAAACAGGUUGUCAUCAAACGAACUUCUGUCAGCAUUUCAGAUUUCAUUUCAUUUAAUGGAAAAAAUCAGUUAUGUAAUACUUAGUAUGUGCAAACCGUCUAAAGGGGAAACUGAUGAGUUAAAAAGCUUUCAAACGCUCUGUAGGUAUCCAUCUUAUCCACGUUCCAUGAUAAAAAACGAUUCCUCAAUAAGCUUUUGUUCUAUAAAAACUCAAUCUUUAAAUGGGAAUGGUGAUUGUAAAGUAGUCGAUCAACAAGAAUCACAACUUAAAGUGCUCAUUGAAGAAGAAGAGGAAGAAGAAAGCGAUGAAAAUCUAUGUGAUUCUGGCAUUGCUUCAAAUCGUGAUGGAAAUUUCAUUACUGAAUCUACUAUUUCUAAUUCUUCUUGUCAAAAAUUUAGUCCAGUAAAUGAAAAUCAUAGUCCAAAUAACUAUUCAAAUAAAUGCCUUUCUUCUCCAAUCACAAAUGAAUCUAGUGUAAUUGAUAUAGAUGAAAAUUAUUCUAUGAUUGCUGAUAAAUGUGCUAAUCUAGAAGAAGUAGUAAUAGUACCUGGAACAACAACAACAUCUGAAAUGUUCGAUAAUGACAUUAAACAAAUUAAUAUGACAGGAAAUAUUUCUAAAAUUCAGUUAAAAAAUCGAGUUUCAACAAUUCGAAAAACGAUUUCAACAAACAAUGAUAAACAAUUUGAAAAUGGAUCUAUAUCUUCAGAUAUUUUAGAUCAGCAAAAUAAUAAUUCUGCAGAACUAUAUGAAAGUCAAACAACAAUACUGACAAAUAAAUCCCAAGUUGAUGCAAAAAGAUGGCGUUUAACUAGUGCUGAUAAAUUAAAUACUCUAAUUGAUGAAUGUGAACGUCAAAUUAAUGGUAGAAAACUAUAUGUUUGCAAAUUUUGUGGAAAAAUCUAUGAGAUUAAAAGUAGUAUGCGUUAUCACAUGAAAAUUAUUCAUUUACAGAUGCAUUUGCGCACUACAGAAAUGCAAUGUCGUAUAUGCGGUAAACAAUUCACAUGUGUUAGUGCUGUUAAUCGUCAUCAAUCCAAGUGUAUUUUAUCAACAAUUAAUGAUUCGAGACUAAAAAAUAAUACUGUACCAUCUAAUCAGUCAUUAUUUACUAGUCCAAUAAUAACCACUGGAACAACAAUAUCGUCUUCUACAGACAGUGAUAUGCAUCCUCGUUUAUCUGAAAAUUCGUUUACUUUACAAAUAUCGGAUAGUUGUAAUAAUAAUGAUUUGAAUCAUAACACAUCACUUACUGAUUCAAAUCUAAUGGUGGAGUCAUUGAAUUCAGCUUCAAAACAUUUUACUAAUCUUGUUAAUUUUCCAAGUGUAUUUCGUAUACCAGAUACGUGCUGUACAACGACACAAUUUAUGAAUCAGUCAAUAUCUAAAAUCUAUCAAAGUUCACAAAUAACAAGUUUAAAUUUACGAAAUUUUAUUCCAUCAUCUGACUUAGUUAAUUUACCAAAUAAAUCUAAUUCUAAUAGUUUACCUUUCCAACCAUUUAAUAAUAGUAAUGAUACACGAUCAUUUUUAAAUCCAAUAAAUAAUCAUUGUAUGAAUUGUUCUGAUUCUUCAUCACAAUGGAACUCAUCAACUUGGUCUACGAUGUCUAAUUUAGGAUGUAAUUUUACUGAAUUGACUCCUGCACAAAUUGAUAUUUGUAUGAAAGCAGUUGUCCAAGGUAUUUGUUCAACUGUAGGACAAUGUACCACUAGUACUACUACUAAUAAUAAUGGCAAUAGUAGUAAUAAUAAUGUCAGUAGUUAUAGAACUAAUCAAGAAUACAAUGAAUCUAAUCAUGUACCAACUGAUUCAUGUCAAAUAACGGAUGAAACACAAUGGGAUUUACCAGAUAAAAAUUUAUCAGAUUUUUCUGAAACAACAGAAAGAACUUUAACUUCAUCACAAGCCAAUGAAAUGGUAGCUAUAGAUUUAUCUUCACGUCCUCGGUCGGCUACAUUAAUGAUUGAAUCAUUUUAAGUAAAUAGACUAGGCUAGACUAUAAAGAAAAUAAGUUGACUUCCAUGAUCAGAUUUAUUGUGUUACUUAUCUAUAAAAUGCACAUAAUCAUAACAGACAAUCUGUUAAUUUCUUCAAAAUUAACAUUGACAUAGGUUCAAAUAAUUACGAUGAUAUUAUUGAUAAUUAAAAAGUAAAAAGCAUUUAUUAUUUACUCUGUGAAAUAAUAUCUUACCAAGUGACCUCUUGAUUAUAUAUACAUACGUACAUGCACAACAUCCAUUUCGUAUUUUAUCUUAUCAAGUGCCUUAAUCUUUCUUCCACUCGUUCUCUUUACGUUUCUAUCCACAUAAUUAAGUGCCUUUAGCUUGAAAUUUAUACUAUAACCUUUUUCACAGAGAUACCUGCAAACUUUCUUAUACAAUAAUUGUUGUAAUCAUUCAAAAUAUGUUUUUAUUUCCUGCCAAUAAACAAGUAUAUCUGUCUAUUUAUUAUUAUUACUGAUAUUUUGUUCUAUUCAUUUCAUUUACUCCUUUACUAGUUUAUCAUUCCCCGUGUCGACAUUGUCAUUACGUUUGUUCUCGUCUACCUUUAAAUUGUUUUUCUUCCUAAUCCAAAUAACUAUUGAUCAUUGAACGACAACAGUACUGGUAUCUAAUCGUUCCGCUCCAUUUUGUUUGCUUUCCAAGUUUAUAUUAUCUGUCUAUAUAUAUGCAUUCUUUGCUUGAUAUUAUAUAUAUAUAUAUAUAUAUAUAUAUAUAUAUAUAUAUAUAUAUAUAUAUACGAAUUUUAUAAGUAAACAGUCGAACAAAUUUUCUACACACAAAUAUUUAUUUACCUAUCUCCUAUACCUUGGGUUUUUUAGUUGUUUUUUUCUUGUACUGUUAUAUUUAUAGGUUUUCUUUUCAUUUUAUUAUUUGAGAGUUUUUAAAAAAAUCACUUUU